AUGUGGACAGAUACCGCCCGGACUAUCAUGGACAUCCGCUUGGUGUCAUCGUUCUUUCUGGUUGUUUUGCUAACUGGACAACCUGGGGGUGCCAAUGGUGCUUUGUGUGAUAGCAGACCAUGCCAGAAUAAUGGACUGUGUGUAUCAUUAUUUGAGGAUCUAAAUUAUGCUUGUGUAUGUGUUCCCGGCUUUGAAGGAAGGAACUGUGAGACUGAUAUCAAUGAAUGUGAGAGUACUCCAUGCCUAAACGGUGCGACCUGUGCAGAUCUGGCCAAUGGGUAUUCCUGCACCUGCCCCAUGUGGUACUCUGGUGAACGUUGUGGAACAGAUCUACGACCAUGCCAGAGUGAUCCAUGUCUGAAUGGGGGAGACUGCAACGAUGUGUCAGUGGAUUUCUAUGUUUGUUUCUGCGCAGCUGGAUACACAGGGGAAAACUGCGAUGUUGAUAUUGACGACUGUGCAAACAACCCAUGUCAGAACAACGGUACCUGUAUCGACCGGCUUAAUGGGUUCAACUGCUCAUGUGCUGAAGGUUGGAUGGGUCAGACAUGUCAACAAGAUUUCGAUGAGUGUCUUAGCACUCCAUGUGCAAACGGCGGCACAUGCACAAACGUACCGGAUGGGUUCCUCUGCAGUUGUUCACAUGGUUGGCAAGGGGUUAACUGUACCAUACGUUCCUCCAACACUAACAGGAAAGCCUCUCACAAAUCGCCCGCGCAGAUCUCUUUCACUGCCAGUAGUUGA